AUGAACAAAAUUUACCACUUCGAGAAUGUAUCUGCACUGGAGCAGACCGAGGAGGCAGAACUGGAAGCACCCAUCAGUACAGGGUCUGGGAAAGGUCAUGGGCCGAUUGAUGCCACUGUUCCAGCAGGCGAGGAGAAGAUUUUACAGGAACCUCAGGAACUACGACUGGUUUUGGGAAUAGACUAUGGCACGACAUUCAGUGGUGCAGAAUGCUCUCUCGAGGAAAUUGAUGUAAUUGAGCAAUGGGGUCCGCAGAUGGACAACGAGGAGAAGGUUCCAAGCGUGAUCUCUUACUCGCGUUCAAGUCAGGCCGGGGAGCAGCAAUGGGGUAAGAGUCUGAGCGCAGAUGCAGUGACAAUGAUUCACACUAAGUUGGAGCUUGGCGUGGAAGAUCUAUUAGGGGAACUUGACAUGACUUUACAGGUUCUGGACGGCAUGAAGAAUCUGAACUUUGACGAGAUGAUGUUGAGCAAAGGCCAGAACGACCUACCGCCGUAUUCUCACAAGAGCCCGGAGGAGAUUGUGACAGACUACCUCGAAAAAUUGUUUGCUUACGUGCAAAUGGAAGUGCGAGUAGACGAGAAUAAUGUGUUCGCCAAACACACAACGACGGAUAUUGUUGUGACAAUACCCACAGAUGUUGUUUCAUAUCGAGUUACGCAACGAUCGCCAACUCUCGAAUUGGAGCAGAUUGGCAAGCCCACAGGCAGUCGCUGCGGAUCCAUUUUCAUCAACCUUGAGUUCAAAAAGUGGCUAAGAAUGCUGCUUGGAGAGGAGGAAUAUCUAAAGCUCGACCCAAAUCUGGACAUCGACAAAAACGCAAAUCACGCCUCCGAAACUCCCGCCAUGAGAGAACUCAUGCAAGCGUUUGACGAUGUCAAGAAGCAGUUUGCAUUCUCAACACCUGAUGUUCGAUUCAGCCUACGAGGGGAGUUGGAGAACCUUGACAUUUUUGGUAAAGUAAACAAGGGCCUAAUUACCAUUCCACAAUCGACAAUGCGAGGCUUUUUCGACUCCUGCAUCAAAGAGAUAGUUGAGCUCAUCUGGGAACAUGUUGAUCGCAUCGAAGAAAGAGGCAGUCGUCCAAAGCACUUGUUUCUUGUGGGUGGUUUUGGGGCGUCUGAGUACCUAAAAUAUCGCCUCAAGGAGACGAUCACCGAGGAAGAGAUGCAGAUGAGCUACCGACAGCCGAAGGAGUCCUGGACAGCAGUGGUUCGAGGAGCAGUGGUGUGUGGUAUCGAGAAAGAUGCGAUACCGAAUUUGAGAAGGACCGAUGUUUGCCGACACAACUACGCGGUUUGCUUCGACCAACUCUACUCAAAUACGUUCCACGUAGAAAAGGAUAUGACCCAGAUCCAUGGAGCCACGUACGCGCAAUCUCAACUCACAUGGCUACUCAAUAAGGGUGACCUAGUCCUGUCGGAUCAGCCGCGUAAAGAGGAGGUGUCAUUUCAGCUUACACUAAGGGAUCUUAGUGCUGGCAAGACGCAAUUGGAGAUCUUCAGAAACUCCGAUGAUGAAGAUCAGCGGCCUCGACGUUACCAGAAUGCCAAGGAAGGUCGGUCGAUCCGCUUAGACCUCCAUGUCAUUGGUCACUAA